AUGGAGCGCAGAAUUCGUGCGGGGUCCGUUGGCAUGGCGAUAAGUGGAUGGUGUAAAUGCGACAACCUAGACGGUGCGUUAGGCUGUGAGUCAUGCAAAAGAGGCCGCAGCAGGGCGACGUUGUGGUUGUGCCGUAGUCGGUCUGGCGAGAGUGUCCCCGCUGGUGUGGACCGGGGUUUUGUGGAUCCAACGGCAUGGUCAAGUCAGACUGGCGUGAAUGUUAAUGGUCGAUAUUCAGAGCAUGAGUCAAGCCUACCCGUUGAGACUUACGGCGGUGUGUAUGUGAGAGGACAAAGCGGGUUGGAGGGCUUAAGUCUCAAGUCUCAUUUGAGCCGAAGUCAGGUGACAGUGAGAGAACCCGAUAGGAGGGCAUCGAUUGGGCAUAGCCGAUGUCGAGACGACGUGUGCACAGGUGACUACCGCCCUUUGGCCAAGUUGCUUAAAGCGCCCGUGUGUAUUUAG